AUACAUUUAUAUACAGAACUACCCAGCUUACCAAGAGGCAUAUAACAAAUAAUCAAAUAGAAGCAGCUUACACAAAAGAACAGUAUAACUCUUACAUAGUAAUAUGGCGACAUCAAAACUGGACAAUGAUCCUUUGAUGGAUUCAGUAAACUGCUCAAUCUGUAUGGAAACAUUAGAGGAUCCAAGAUGUCUACCAUGUAUGCAUAGUUACUGCAGAAAAUGUAUCCAGGGCAUCAUAGAUGCUCAGGUAAAGAGCAAAACAUUCUCCUGUCCAACCUGCAGGGAUCGCACCCCUAUACCAAAAGAGGGAGCUGGAGGUUUGAAGGUGAACUUUUUUGCUAAUUCUGUGCUUGAAGCAUUGAAGGAUCGAUCAAUGCCAAUAGAUGCAAUAAACUGUGACAUCUGUUCACAAGAUGAUAAACUGGUCGAAGCUGUUAUGAAAUGCAUUGAAUGCAAUGAAAAGCUAUGUAGGACAUGUGGGCGUACACAUCAACUCUCACGUUUCUCAAAGUCACACAAAGUACUCCAGCUAAGUGGUGACAUUUCAAAAGAUACCACAACAGCACUAGGGAUGUUAUCUAAACGAACAAUAUACUGUCAAGAACAUGAAAAUGAACCUUUGAAGUAUUUCUGCAAAAAAGAUAAGUGCCUUAUCUGUCAGGACUGCUUUGCCUUUGACCAUCAAGGACACCCAUUGGACAAUAUCGCACAGACAGCUAAAUUAAACAUUAAGAACCUUAGCUCAGUUAUUGACCUUGGAAGACAGAAAUCAGAUAAGUACGAAGUCGGCAUAACUGCUACUCAUAUCCAGAAACAAACAAUCGAGAAAAAUAUUAAGGAUGCUAAAGUUCAACUGAAAGCAGACAAAAAACUUGUUGUAGCAAAUGUUGAAGCCCAUUUUGAAGCACUUAAUGAUAAAGUUGCCGAAAUUGGUAAUGCUGCAAUCAAAAACACAGUGGCUCGAUUGGCUGAUCUGCAGUUUCAGAAAGAUGCCAUAGAUGGCACUGUUAAACAGCUGGAGAACUUACGUAUCCAUGGCCAUCCUGCAGACAUUGUAUAUAAUAUACCUGAGAUGAAUGCUAAGAGGGAGACAUGGACACAAAGUCCAGAUCUACCAAUCGACACAGUGACUAAAAUCGAGGUUCAGCCAAGCAAAAUCAGCAAUAACAAAACCAUUAAGCUGUCACAAGUCAAAACAAAAAGGGAGCAGUUGGCAAAGAUAAGUGUUGAACAACACAUACAAAUACAGAAAGAACAUAAGAUCAUGAAUGUGGGAUUUACAGAUAUGCGUGUGUUUCCAAAUAAUGUAAUAGGAAUAAGAACAAAUGAUAAACUAGUGUGCUAUGACAAAGAUAAAGACUGGACCAUCACAAGAGAGUACACAUUGAAAGAAAAGGAUGUUCUAGCCUACACACCCACACAUAAUAAUGGCAUUAUUGUGUGCACUGACAGUGACUCAAUAUUUUAUAAAAAGAUGAAAACAUAUGCAGGUACAGAUGAUGUAAUGGAAACCAUAAUACCAGAUAUUGGCUCAAGCAUCCAGGACAUUGCGAUGAAUAAACAGUGUGAUGUAUUUAUUUUAUAUUCAGAUGGUAGUAUUCUCCACACUGAAUUUUCUGAAAUAAUAAUACCUCAAUUCAAAAUCAAUAACAUAUCUGAGGCAAACACUAUAUCCAUGAAAAGUAACAAUGACAUCAUAGUGGCUGGGAAAGGAAAAGUUAUUGGUAUAAGAAUGCAAAGCAGUGGCAGUAUUUUUGAGUGUUCUAGUCAGAUGCUUGAAUACAAGCCUAUCAACAGCAAAGAUGAUGCCCUUCAUGCAUGUGUUGACAACAAAGACAACAUAAUGGUGCUUAACCGCACGAAGAACACAGUCACAUUACUGGAGCCAGAUGGGCUCAUGGUAAAGGACUUGAUCGAACCAGGAACUACCAACUGCAAGAUGUUCAAUAUUGCAACCACAGGCAAAGGUGAGCUUAUGAUUGCAGCCAAGCACAAUGGUUCAGAUAACGAAAAUUGUAUCCUCACACUGAAGUACAGAUCAGAUGAUGGUCAUAUCCUUUAAGGAAUAUGAACAUUAGGUGUGACAAAAGCACAGACUGGUCUAUAGGACAAUGGCCUAUUUAACUAUAUAAUUUAACUUAAUUUUUGCAUACCUUAAUGAAUUCCACGUAGUCUUCAUAUUCCCCUUUAGGUGGUGCAUAAUAUGCUCCGCUAGGUGAAAACUUGUACUUGGGCUCACUGACGACAUUUUGAUUGUAGAAAUCUUGUAAGAUUGUCAUUAGGCAUCGCCUGUCCCUCUCAUCUGUGACACGACCCCCAUAAUUACAUUCCCCGGUCAUGUAGGUGAUAGCAUCAUACGGCACACUGUCAUAUUCAUUGACAUACAUCUGAAAGCAAGUUAUGCUUCCAGUAUUACAUCAAUUCGAUUAAAGCUUGCUCAAAUUACAAUGACUGAAUUUUCAAACCUGCCAUUUUACAAAAUUGAACUUAAAAUCUGAGAAUGAAAACUGACAUU